AUGAAGAGAUUCAAAUGCUGUUUUAAAUAUCCACUGCAACAGAAACUUUUCAUCCUGUUUUUAACUCUAUGGCUGUUCUCCAUACUAAAACUUCUAAACGUGAGAAGACUCCUCUUCCCUCAAAGAGGCGUUUAUUUGGUUGAGUACUCCUUAAGUACCUCGCCUUUUGUAAGAAACAGAUACACCCAUGUGAAGUAUGAAGGCAGGUAUGAAGUUAACUGUUCAGGUGUCUAUGAACAGGAGCCUUUGGAAAUUGGCAAGAGUCUGGAAAUAAGAAGAAGAGACAUAAUUGACUUGGACGAUGAAGAUGUCGUGGCAAUAACCAGUGACUGCGAGGUUUAUCAGACCAUAAGAAGCUACCAGCAAAAGCUUGUUUCAAGGGAGGAGAAAAGAUUCCCAAUAGCCUAUUCUUUGGUUGUUCACAAAGACGCCAUUAUGGUUGAAAGGCUCAUCCGUGCUAUCUACAACCAUCACAAUAUCUACUGCAUCCAUUAUGACCGCAAAUCACCUGAUACAUUCAAAGUUGCCAUGAACAAUUUAGCUAAGUGCUUCUCUAAUAUUUUCAUUGCUUCCAAAUUAGAAACUGUGGAAUAUGCCCACAUUUCCAGGCUCCAGGCUGAUUUAAAUUGCUUGUCGGACCUUCUCAGGUCUUCAGUGCAGUGGAAGUACGUUAUCAACCUAUGUGGGCAAGAUUUUCCUUUGAAAUCAAACUUUGAACUAGUGUCAGAGUUGAAGAAACUUGAUGGAGCAAACAUGCUAGAGACGGUAAAACCCCCUAACAAUAAAAAGGAAAGAUUCACUUAUCAUCAUGAACUAAGACAUGUCCCUUAUGAAUAUGUGAAGCUACCAAUAAGGACAAACAUCUCCAAGGAAGCACCCCCCCAUAACAUUGAGGUAUUUGUUGGCAGUGCUUAUUUUGUCCUAAGUCAAGCGUUUGUUAAGUAUAUUUUCAACAAUUCCCUCGUUCAAGACUUUUUUGACUGGUCUAAAGACACAUACUCACCUGAUGAGCACUUUUGGGCGACCUUAAUUCGGGUACCAGGAAUACCUGGAGAGAUUUCCAGGUCUGCCCAGGAUGUAUCUGACCUACAAAGUAAGACUCGCCUUGUCAAAUGGAAUUAUCAUGAAGGCCUUUUCUAUCCUAGUUGUACUGGCUCUCACCUCCGAAGUGUGUGUAUCUAUGGCACAGCAGAAUUACGGUGGCUUAUAGAAGAUGGACAUUGGUUUGCUAAUAAAUUUGACUCUAAGGUAGACCCUGUGUUGAUUAAAUGCUUAGCGGAAAAGCUUGAAGAACAACAGAAAGAAUGGAUCACUUUGUCUUCAGAAAAGUGUCUGCCUCAGCAACUACGUAAGGACAUAGCUAUCAAUCCCAAGAUGUGACUGUUUGGAAGACUGAAGUAUUCGAGUAUUUUUAAAAAAAUACAAUGUGUUCUACCUGUGAAAUGGCCCUUGAUUCCUUGUUUUAAAUUUAUGGUAUUAACUGCUAAGUGGCACCA